UUUUUUCGGGUAACACAAUUAGCAUGAGAGCACAAGCCCUACCCUUUGUCCACUAAAAAGGCCUUUUCUUUCUAUUAUACACUGAACACAAUUAUAACAGUUAUGUAAACUAUGAGGUAUAAUAUAUGCUUAAAACGUCUAGUCCAUCAAUUUUCUCAAUUUAGAUAAAGGACUUUACCAUCUAUCCUAACUUAAAGAGUUUACAAUUUUAUACCUGAAUUAGAUUCUGCUUUUAACUUGUAUUACAAUCUGAAAACUAUCCUUUCAAGUCUUCCUCAGUGUCAAACAGCCUAGGUUUGAUUAUCAGACUAUAGUUAGUCUUUAACCCCAUCAGAAAUUCAAGAACGAAUUAAAUGUGGCCACAUCUAGGUCUGCACCAGGCGCGUCAAGGUGAGCUAGAGCCAAGAUGGCUGUCCUCUCUAAGGAAUAUGGAUUCGUGCUUCUCACUGGUGCCGCCAGCUUUAUGAUGGUGCUCCACCUAGCCAUCAACCUGGGCAAAGCCCGCAAGAAGUACAAGAUAGAGUACCCUGUCAUGUACAGCACAGAUCCUGAGAAUGGGUAUAUGUUCAGUUGCAUUCAGCGCGCCCACCAGAACACGUUGGAGGUGUACCCUCCCUUCCUAUUCUUCCUAACCGUGGGAGGUGUUUACCACCCGCGCAUAGCUUCUGGCCUGGGCGUGGCGUGGAUUAUUGGGCGAGUUCUUUACGCAUAUGGCUACUACACAGGAGACCCUAGCAAGCGAUAUCAAGGAGCUGUGAGCUCUCUUGCCCUCUUUGCCCUGAUGGGCACAACCGUGUGCUCUGCUUUCCAGCAUCUCGGCUGGAUUAAACCCGGCCUAGGCAGUGGGUCCAGAUCCUGCCACUGAGGAAUGGGAGGCCUUUCACCUCUCAGUCACCUUCAACGACCUGCCCUUACUUCCAGCUCCACUGUUUUUUAAAUAUAAUAAGAACUUAUCUGGCGUCAGCCUCAUAAAAAAAAUGUGGCCACAUCUGGGUUAAAGGUUUCGACAGAGAAAAGACCCCAUGGACAGACCGUAUGGACCCAAAAGCUCACCGUCAAACAAGGAUUGUUAUGUCAAGUAGGUUAGAGGCCUGCUGUGGUCUCUUUGGAUCAAAAUCAAGGUGUUGGGAGGGCUGUGUUCCUUCUGGAGUCUCAAGAGGAGAGUGUUUGAUGCCUCUCUGAGCUCUAGGGACAGUGCUGCCACAUUCCCCUGCUGUGGCUCCUUCCUUUACAGUGAUUCAGGAUCUUAGCAUCGCUCACUCAUGCUCGUGUGACCUCUCCGCAAUAAGAACCUUGUGGUUGGCUAACUUGUACCCACUUGACAACUCAUGAUGAUCUCAUAGAUGGGUAGCAGCCUUAAUUUCAGCUGCAACCUAAAUUCCACAUUGCUGUGUAAUGUAGCUUAUUCACAGAUUCUAAAAUACAGACAUGGCCAGAUCUAGCAUUCAAGUUGAUCUGAAUAAAAAACGGUUGUUCUUCAGUAAUGUUAAUAAUAAUGAUUAAUGCCAAAAGAAUCAAGUGCACAUUUCAACCGUAUUCUAGGUACUUUAUACUUAUUAAUUACUGUUGCUGUAAAAUUAUAAAAAACGCUGUCUUUUACCCCACAGUAGGUCUGGCACUGCAGUGCCCCAAGAUAUCUGGUGGAUAUCUUCAUCUCAGUCAGCAAAGCCUCUCACUGGAUCUGCUCCAUCCCGUAUCACACUGCUGAUGGCUUGUCUCUGAGCCUGGCAGCAAUCUCUCUACCCAUCUAGUUCCCAAGGCAGGUUGCCACCAUGCCAAACAUAUACAUCCCAAUUCUGUGAUGACCUAGUGUCUCCAGCUGCCACACACUCUCUUGAACUUAAAUCACCACACGAAAGAACACACAGCACAAUAACCUCUGAUCUAAUUGAUAAGAUAUGAUUGCCCACCUAGACAUACAAAGCCCUGUACACAUCCAUCCCUUAAGAAUAUUCAUAACAACCUGUAAAUGUGCAGAGAGGAAUCUUAACAUCUGCCUCCAUGUUCUCUCUGCUGCUUCUCCAGCCUGCUCCAGUCUCCUCCUCUCUCUAAAACUUUUCUCCCACCCAUUCUUCCUUCUUGUUCAAUAACAGGCCUUGUUCUAUCUUGUACCUGCCUUCACCUGUAUGACAUCCUACAAUUUACCAUCAGUUUUAAUGACAUAUAUACCUUAGCUAUGCCUGUUUUAUAAAUGAAACCAAAGAAAAUAGAUUUGUUUUUAUUUUUUCAAUGCUAGAGAUCAACACAGGGCUAUUUCUCUACAGACUUAGCCCAGAAAAAGAAAUUUUAAAUAGCUUUCAAAGUCGUACUGAACCCAGACA